AUGGGCCGCUCUUACGGAGGCCGGGUGCUGGCCGCGAUGACCCUGCGGGGCAUCCCAGCAGCCGUGCUGGUCGCGCUGGCAGCGCAGUUGCUGUUCCAGCUCCAGGCAGGGCGCGCCGAGCUGCGGGCUGUGCACACCAAUGGGAUUCACCCUGAGCUUGACCCCGACGCGGGGCUACCUGAAGCUUCGGCUGGGGCAUUGCUGCCCCUGGCGACUGCACUGGCCGCACUGGUGCAGGUCCUCGGGCUUAGCUCCCUGCUGCUCGAUGCGCUCUGCGGACACCUGGGCGCUGAGCUGGCACGUGGGCUGGGGCCGGGCAGGUCGGACUGGUUUCUGUACGACUGCCGCCUCCUCAGGCACUUUGCGCUUGGCCUGUUCUGCUGUGGGGUCUCCGUCUACUUAGCAGCUCUGGCCAUUUAUGCCCUGCUGCUCUUCGAGAUUGAGGCAGGUGCAGCAGCUGCAUCUGUCCUGGGCUCAGGUGCCCUGAUCCUGGUGGCGGUGAUGACUCAUACCCUGCUCCGGGCUAUUCGGGCCACUCGACAGGGUCUCCAUGAGCUGUCUCCACCAUCCUUUGAAGAUGAGCCGACCCGGCCUCCAGAAGACUCCAAAGCUGGCUGCAGGGCUCAGCCCCAUCAGGGUACCCAUUGCCAGACCCUCUCUGCUUCCUCCCAGGAGCCUGGGGACUCCCCUGGGCUCAUGGCCACUGGUAUCACAUCCACAGUCCUGGGGAGAGCCAGGGAAUUCAGUCUUCCUGCUUCCCACCAUCCUCAGGCACAAUUGGCUGUCAGGGGCCACUGGGACAGGGUCACUCAUGAGAUGCAUAGCACGAUGGGCCACAAACCACUGGACAUGGGAAAGGAUGCUAUACUGGUGUGA